GUAUUGCUGUGUGGGAUUUGCUGGAUCAGGAUGGAGGCCUUGGGAUGGAGGAUUUUGAGUAGACUUUGGACUCGUAUUAGUAUUUAGUUAAUUUUAAUUACAGGACAUUUGUUGGAGAAAGAGUUAUUUGCUCCAGGGAUUUGAAAAGUCUUCUUAUUUGUAUCCUUCACUGUCACGUCUUCUUUAUUUCGUAUUGUUUGUUCAGUUAUUGUUCAAACUCGCACGAGCUUUGUAGUUACGAAGCUGAGGAGUCAACCGCUUUUUUAUAAGAUACGUUUGUUUCUCAGCAAACAUGGUAAGAAGAAUUAUUAUCUCAUCUAUUUUGGGCCAUUAAUGUCUGUGACUUGCCUUCUUUCUAGCCUGCUUGUGAUUUAAUACAAGUCUGCGGAUAACUCCCAUGUCAAUGUAUGCUCAUCUGAGGAUCUCAAUAUUGGAUGUCUUAAAGUAAUUUGAAUUGCCUAUGUAUGAGCUGUUUAUCUGUGGAAUUACUGCAAACUACAUCAUUUAUUAUUGUUUCAAAGUUGUAUUUAAUCAAAUAAAUUUAAUUGAUUUGAAUCAUUCAAUUAAAAAAAAAAUAAAGCUGUAGUUUGGCUACCCCAUGUUUCCGGAUGCACUGCGACCAUUCAACACCCAGUAUCGCUGCUACUCUGUGUCCAUGCUACCUGGCCAGGAGCGCACAGAUGUUGAAAAGGGUGGCAAAAUCAUUAUGCCUCCGUCGGCGCUGGACCAGCUGACGCGGCUCAACGUGGUCUACCCGAUGCUGUUCAAGCUGACGAACCGGCGCGCCGACCGCGUGACACACUGCGGCGUGCUCGAGUUUGUCGCCGACGAGGGCAAGGUCUAUCUGCCCUACUGGAUGAUGCGGAACCUGCUGCUGGAGGAGGGCGCGCUGCUGACGGUGGAGAGCGUCUCGCUGCCGGUGGCCACCUUCUCCAAGUUCCAGCCGCAGUCGCCCGACUUCCUGGACAUCACCAACCCGAAGGCGGUGCUGGAGAACGCGCUGCGCAACUUCGCCUGUCUCACCACCGGGGACGUGAUCGCCAUCCCGUACAACACAAAGGUGUACGAGUUCUGCGUCCAGGAGACCAAGCCCGGCCGCGCCGUCAGCAUCAUCGAGUGCGACAUGAACGUGGAGUUUGCGGCGCCGGUCGGCUACCAGGAGCCGGAGCGGCCGCCCGCCGCCGAGGAGGAGCAGCCGCCAGAGGAGCAUCACUUGCCGGAGCCGACCGGAUUCGUGCCGUUCCAGGGCUCCGGACUGCGGUUGGACGGCAAACAGAAAAACCUGGACGCCCCUCGGGCGAGCACCUCCAACGGACCGCGCGUGCGGGGUAUCCCCGACUACGACUACGAGGUCGGCUAUCUGCGCUUCCUGCGAAACGCAGCGCCGAAGCCCGCAGAGGCGGCCUCGGACGAGCCCGUGUUCAGCUCCUUCUCCGGUGAGGGCCGGAAGUUGCGGCAGCCCAAGCACCGGCGGCCGUGAGCCGUCCCCCCCCCCGCCCCCGCCGCCGCCGGUGCGCUCAGACUGUGACCCGCCCCGCCCCGCCGCACCGACGGCGCGCGCCCUGUACAGAGUCGCUCCAGUUUGUAUAUUUAUUCCGGCACGCGUGUCGGAACCACCCUGAAUAAAUAUAUUACGCCUGU